UUGAUAAAUUACUCGAAAUAUUUGGGUGAAAGUGAAAAUAUAAAAAAUAUCGGUCCAUUACGUCUCACUCUCGGCAGUGAUUCAGUCCUUGCUUUGCUCGUCGCGGAAAAUCUCUUUCGCCUUCCAAGAAUUUCAAGUCAAAGGUAUUUCUCUGGUCAAAUGACAGCAGAUAAGAAAGCAUUAUCCAUUAGCUGCUGGAAGGUGCUUUUUAGGUGGUUUAAGACUAUUUUUUUGACUUAGAGAAGUGGAUCUUUUCAAACAUGGAGCCUCUUUGGAAGCUCACUUAUUUGCUGGAACCAUCUUCAGUCACCCUCUUUGUCACAGCCAUAGUAGUGUCAUAUGCAUCUGCUUCUAGAGCUCUGAAUUAUGGGAAGGAAAUGGAGCGGAACCGUGACCUGUCAGAAGCUUCCAUCACUUUAGAUAGGUCUCAGGCACUGAUGAUACCGAUAAUGAGCUCUUGCAGCUUGCUUUUUAUGUUCUAUUUGUUUUCUUCUGUCUCUCAACUUCUCACUGCUUUUACUGCUGUUGCCUCUGCAUCAGCCUUAUACUUUUGCCUAUCACCAUAUAUUGCUCAGGUCAAGUCAAGAUUUAGCUUAUCUGACCCAUAUGUAUCGCGGUGUUGUUCCAAGUCAUUUACAAGGAUCCAAAGUGUUCUAGUAUUUCUCUGUGUUGCUUUAGUUGUGGCAUGGCUUGUUUCUGGGCACUGGAUAUUGAACAACUUGUUGGGUAUCUCUCUCUGUAUCGCUUUUGUCAGCCAUGUUCGACUUCCCAAUAUCAAGAUCUGUGCUGUGCUCCUUGUAUGUCUGUUUGUCUAUGACGUAUUCUGGGUUUUCUAUUCAGAGAGGUUUUUUGGGGCAAACGUUAUGGUAUCAGUUGCGACACAGCAAGCAUCUAAUCCAGUCCACACAGUAGCUAAUAGUCUGAGUCUUCCUGGAUUACAGUUAAUAACAAAAAAACUUGAGUUGCCCGUCAAGAUUGUCUUCCCCAGGAAUAUGUUAGGCGGUGCAGUACCCGGAAAUAAUGUAUCUGACUAUAUGAUGCUUGGUCUUGGUGACAUGGCUAUUCCAUCGAUGCUUUUAGCACUGGUUCUCUGUUUUGAUCAUAGAAAAAGCCGGGAUUCCACAACUUCCUUGGAUGUACAAUCUUCAAAAGGGUUCAAGUACUUUUGGCAUGCCCUUUCCGGGUAUGCUAUUGGCCUGUUUACUGCCUUAGCAGCUGGCAUCUUGACACGUUCACCUCAACCAGCACUUCUGUACCUGGUACCUUGUACAUUGGGGCCGAUAAUCAUCCUCUCUUGGAUGAAGAAGGAUUUAGCAGAGUUGUGGGAAGGAACUGCGACAAAUCUAAAUGAGAAAGCCCAUUCCCCAGGAGUAUGAGCUAAUCGUGGGUUGGCCUUCAGCACAUCAGCCCUCCGCUUUGAUACUGUAAAAAGUUCAGUGGGCUAACCUGCUCUACCUGAACAACCAUUUAAACUAGACAAUCAAAGAAUUGGCGGUGGACUAGGCUAUUGAAGGAAGUUUAUCUUCCACCAUAUCAGUAUUACAUAACACACUAUAAAAGGCUACAUUUCAUGGAAAUAUGCAUUCGAAUAUACUUUUCUGGAGAAUUUUGGUCGCA